AUGGAGAUGCCCUGCUGGGAAGGGAGCUGGGACCUGCAGGAGCUACUGGAGCAGCCGACAGCCUACAAGACGGUCUGCGGUGUCAACGGGCCCCUGGUGGUGCUGGACAAUGUGAAGUUUGCCCAGUACGCUGAAAUCGUGAACUUCAUGCUGCCCAACGGCACCAGCCGCAGUGGGCAGGUCCUGGAGGUGAUGGGCUCCAAAGCCAUCGUCCAGGUGUUUGAAGGAACAUCUGGGAUCGACGCCAAGAAGACCUCCUGCGAGUUUACCGGGGACAUCCUCCGGACCCCGGUUUCUGAGGACAUGCUGGGUCGGGUCUUCAACGGCUCCGCCAAACCCAUUGACAGCGGUCCCCCGGUGAUGGCCGAGGACUUCCUGGACAUUAACGGCCAGCCCAUCAACCCCCACGGCCGCAUCUACCCCGAGGAGAUGAUCCAGACCGGGAUCUCGCCCAUCGACGUGAUGAACAGCAUCGCCCGGGGCCAGAAGAUCCCCAUCUUCUCCGCUGCCGGUCUCCCUCACAAUGAGAUCGCCGCGCAGAUCUGCCGGCAGGCCGGGCUGGUGAAGAAGUCCAAGGACGUGGUGGACUACCACGAGGACAACUUCGCCAUCGUCUUUGCUGCCAUGGGGGUGAACAUGGAGACAGCUCGCUUCUUCAAGUCUGACUUCGAGGAGAACGGCUCCAUGGAGAACGUGUGCCUCUUCCUCAACCUGGCCAAUGACCCCACGAUCGAGCGGAUCAUAACCCCCCGCCUGGCCCUGACCACCGCUGAGUUCCUCGCCUACCAGUGCGAGAAGCACGUGCUGGUGAUCCUGACGGACAUGAGCUCCUACGCUGAGGCCCUGCGGGGGCUGGAGCAGAGUGCUGGGUUUCAGCCGAAGGAUGUGGUUGGGGGGGACUCGGACUUGGGGUGCCUGGGGGUGCGUGCAGGCACGGGUGCGCCCACGGACAUCACCCACCCCAUCCCCGACCUGACGGGCUUCAUCACCGAGGGGCAGAUCUACGUCGACCGGCAGCUCCACAACAGGCAGAUCUACCCCCCCAUCAAUGUGCUGCCCUCCCUCUCCCGCCUGAUGAAGUCGGCCAUCGGGGAGGGCAUGACCAGGAAGGACCACGGGGAUGUCUCCAACCAGCUGUACGCCUGCUACGCCAUCGGGAAGGACGUGCAGGCGAUGAAGGCGGUGGUGGGGGAAGAGGCGCUCUCGCCUGACGACCUGCUCUACCUGGAGUUCCUGCAGAAGUUCGAGAAGCAUUUCAUCACCCAGGGUCCCUAUGAGAACCGGAGCAUCUUCGAGUCCCUGGACAUCGGCUGGCAGCUGCUGCGCAUCUUCCCCAAGCAGCUGCUGAAGCGCAUCCCCGAGAGCAUCCUGGCCGAGUACUACCCGCGCGAGGCCAAGGUGCCGGGCCAGGGGCCGGCCAGCACGGCCCUCUAA